AAGCUCCGGUACCUGCCAACGUAAAAAAGAAGCUCGAAGCCUGGUUUGAAGUUUAAUGUUCAUAACCAGACACCUUGGAUCGCUCUCCAAUGCCGAUCUCUCCAUCCCUUCAACUCCUUAGAUUUCCUUCCCAGGCACUAUCCUCAUCCUCUCACCACCGUCUCAUCUCUGAUCUUGCCUCUGAAUCGCGCUUCUUCCGAUCUCCAUGGCUUGCCUCUUUGGCUCCGUUGCGGAACUGCCGGAUGAAGUUAUCGUCGACAACGAAAUGUUUCUCCAUGUCCAAUGAUGAUGAGAAUUGGAGUGAUUCGGAAGCGUUGGUGUCCGAUUUGGACGUAGGGGGAGAUCGCGAGGAUGAUAUUGGUGUUCAGCAAGAGAAUCCUGUGGCCACUGUUGCUUCUGCGCAGACGAUUGCUUCCUCGUCGCCGAGUGAUUAUCUGUCGCUGGCGAUCCGAGAGCUGGUUUAUGAGGUGGUAGAGGUUAAAGCCAAUGGAGCCAUAUCCACUAGGAAGAUUAACAGACGCCAGCUGUUGAAGUCAAGUGGGCUUCGUCCACGUGAUGUUCGAAGUGUUGAUCCAUCUUUAUUUUUGACAAACUCAAUGCCUACAUUACUGGUUCGUGAACAUGCUAUUUUGCUUAAUCUGGGUUCGCUUCGAGCAAUAGCUAUGCGGGAUUGUGUCCUUAUAUUUGAUUAUAACCGUCCUGGAGGACAAGCUUUUAUUGAAUCAUUGUUGCCUCGAUUGAACCCAAAAAACAUGAAUGGAGCGCCAGAAAUGCCAUUUGAACUUGAGGUUGUUGAAGCUGCAUUGCUUUCACGAACACAGCGUUUUGAAAAGCGACUAAUGAAAGUAGAACCUCGUGUUCGAGAUCUGCUUGAGGUAUUGCCCAACAAAUUAACUGCUACUGGGUUGGAACAACUUCGUAUUAGCAAGCAAACUUUGGUUGAAUUAGGUUCCAGGGCAGGGGCUCUCAGACAAAUGCUUCUUGAUCUUCUGGAGGAUCCACAAGAAAUACGACGUAUCUGUAUUAUGGGAAGAAAUUGCACUCUUAAUAAGAGAAGUGAUGUUGUGGAGUGCUCUGUUCCGCUGGAUAAGCAGAUUGCAGAUGAAGAGGAAGAAGAAAUAGAAAUGCUGUUGGAAAAUUAUCUCCUGAGAUGUGAAUCUUGUCAUGGUCAGGCUGAAAGGCUUCUGGAUUCUGCAAAAGAAAUGGAAGAUUCAAUUGCCGUCAAUUUGAGCUCGCGGCGACUUGAGGUUAGCAGGGUGGAAUUGCUUCUUCAAGUUGGGACAUUUUGUGUGGCUGUUGGUGCUUUAGUUGCAGGAAUAUUUGGCAUGAACUUACGAUCUUACCUUGAAGAACACGUGUUUGCCUUCUGGUUAACAACAGCUGGGAUUAUUGUGGGUUCGGUUGUGGCAUUCUUUCUCGUGUACUCAUAUUUCAGAGAUAGGAGAAUCCUAUAAGCUAAAUAAUAAUUCAGUUUGCACAGGUCAUUCAACCACCCAAUCAUGGAUGUGCUAAAUAUCCCAUUGAUGCUGCAGCAGUGGGGUUGCAUUGUGUAUCCCAUAAAUAACCAUGAUGGCAGUGGUAUGAACUACGAACUUCCACAAUAAUAUGUUAUUAUCUAUUUUGAAGAUAAGCUCUCCUAGUUUUGCUUUUUGGUUUU